AUGUUGUUACAGGCUAAAGAUGAUGACUCUUGGUUUGGACUUCCUUCUGUGGCUCUAUGCGUUGAAUUUACCGACGUCAUGAAGUUUGGUGAUUUUAUAACCAAAGUCGGAAAUCUUGCACACUACCAACAGUUAGUUCUACCUCCUGACGACUCAGAAGUUGAUGAGGAUGUCGAGGAUGAAAACGAUUCCAAUGUUCAGGACCAUGAGAAUUCGGAUGAACAAAUCCGCACGAUGAAUCCAAGGCAUAAUCCUUCAGGGAAAGCCUCCACGGGCCCGGCGAUAUCGGAAUGCAUG